AUGAGGUACCGCACCUUGCUCCUAUUCCUCCUUUACUCGUCCUUUGUCCUUGCCAACGUCGAGAAAGUCAUCUUCGUUGCUCCUCCCGCUCAGUCUCCUCCACCGGAUGCUGGUAUUGACAAUCUCCUGCUGACUCCCCUCUCCGAUGGACACCCUAAGGUCAGAACUCAUAUCAACGCAAGCUUUCCCACCAAAGAAUCUCCCAAGGGAACCGAGAGUUGGUUUCUCCUGGAGGGUUUACGUCCACAUAGACGAUAUGAAGUCCGUGUCUGCUGGCUGGCUACGCAACCUACGUCCUUUUGGCUUUAUACCCAUCCUGUCGACGUCACAUUCGGAAAUCCUAGCCUUCUUACUGCCUUGAAUACAUAUUCCCACGCCCGGCAUGCUCAACUACGUGCAGAGGACAAGCAGACACUUCAGUGCCGAAAGACGACUCCAAGCAUGGAAUCCACAUUUCUCUUCGUCCAAAUUUUUGCUGCGGCCGACUACUUUAGCCUGAACCAAACUUUGAUGGAAACGGUACCUCCAGUUGCCGUCGAUGUCAUAUUAGAUCCUUACAUUCUCAAUGUCUUCCCGUCAUCAUUACUUUCCAUCACAGUAUAUUUGGUGCUCAUCUCAGUUGGAGCAUGGUUUCUCUCCGGCCAGGUACUUCACCUUCUUAACGACACAUGUCAAAAUCCCGCCCGACAAAGAAACGGAAAAGUUUGA